AUGUCUGCUGUGGGCCAGUCAGAAUAUAAGGAAGACAAAAGGGGGUCUUUUAUGAAGCAAAAUAGUUUUUCUUCUGAGGCAACUUUAUCUCUUUCCAACUUCAAGGUUUCAUUUUUGGACCGUAAAGUUCCCUUACUUCUAUGUGUAACUGCGACAAUCUUAAUUGCUUUAAUUGCUGUAAGCAUUUAUGCAGUUUAUGUUUCACUAUUUCUUCACGGUUAUAUACUGAUAUCGAAGGAAUCAAAUGUGGAAACCAGAUGUGGUGUUGUAAAAGGCUUUAUUAGUAACGAUAUUGUGCAUUACCUUGGAGUACCUUAUGCCCUUCCGCCUAUUGGAACGCGUCGAUUUCGUAAACCUGUUGAACUUACUACAAAUGCUUUAUGUUUAGAGGCGUGGAAUACGCCGCAACACCGGCAGGUACCGGUUCUUGAUGCCUUUACUUACCGUAACGUGUGCAUGCAACUUCUACCAAUAUCUAAUGAGAUAAUUGGUAGUGAGGACUGCCUAUAUCUUAACAUUUUUGUUCCUCGCACUCAUAAGCCAGAAGAAUUACACCCUGUUAUUUUUAUAAUUGGUGGUUUCUUUUUUAACUAUGGUGGAUCUUCCAAUGGAUCGACCUUCCUACAUCAUCCUGAUCCUGAAACGAUUAUCAACUUGAACGCCAUCCAAGUUACAUCAAAUUACAGGUUGGGGCCCUUUGGGUUUUUAACUCAUCCAUCUACAAAAGUGGCAAACAUUGGUGUUCGCGAUCAACUAGCGGCUCUUCGGUGGGUGCGAUCUAAUAUACGUUAUUUUGGUGGGGAUCCACUCAAAAUAACAGUUUUUUCAUAUGGAUCGGGUGCAACAAUAUCGUUAGCCCUACUCGGGUCUCCCUUAGCUCAAAAUCUUUUUGAAAAGGCUUGGAUCAGCGCACCUGCUCUCCGAAAACCAGAAAUAACGCUCACUUCAGCUGUCGAUGCAUCAAGGAAUGUCUUCAAAUGUGAACACGCAGACUGUGAUCAAAAAGGAGAAGAUAUUUUACGUCUUUGGAAUUGGACCAUUGUUGAGCCUUGGAUAGAACAAUUGUUUACGCUCCCAUCCGCAUCAAACAUUCACUGUCUUCCUGGGUUGCCUUGCCGUGGGGGAAUUUUGGUAAUAGACGACGAAGUUAUUACCAAUGUUUCUUGGAAUUCUCCACUUUCCCCGAUACCGAUCGUGCUCGGUCAAAAUUCGCACGAAGCCGAAGCAUAUCCCUUCCCCAACACUGUGCAGCUUUGGAAUUUUGCUAUAAUGUCAGGCUAUAUAAAGAACAUUCUCGGGGAGAACAGCUCUGAGUUCAAGCUAAUCAAUGAUUAUUACCUUUUAAAAAAUACGGCUAUAGGAAUUGCGUCCCAGAAUCACUCUUCGAACUGGCCAAGUAUUGUGGACAAAUAUUCCCAGAUUGUUACAGACAUCCGAGUCACGUGCCCUUUACAAUCGUAUGCACGAUCUCUUAGGCGUGUACAACCCAUUUUACGGUACUACAUUCGCAGUCAACAUGCUCAUUUUAACCCCUAUGGUUUGGAUUCCUUUGUCUCAUCUGCAUUUCAUGGCUGGGAUGCGUUUCUGCUCUUCAAAAUAUUCCGCUAUCACCCCGACUACAUCUAUGCUGUGAACAAAUCUUUCCUCUCUGACAAGUCACUGGAGAAGCUUAGCGACAACUUUUGCACCUCAUUAAAGCACUUUGUUUGGCGUGGCACAAUGUUUCCGGGGAAAAAGAACACACUUUUGACAAUUUUUGAGAACGAAAUUGUCUACUCUACUUCGGUUGAUGAUAUAUCAAUGUGUCAAAAAUGGAAUGAUUUACUUUCACACUCCCCCUAUCUUUAUGCUUGGAAAGCGUAA